AAAGGAAGCACAGAUGGGCCACACAGAAGCCGGAGCCAUCAUCCGGUGUCAAUCUGGAAGACUUCCUAGAGGUGCAUCUUGGCUCUGCAACAUCAGGAAAGUUGCCAAGACGGCUCAGUCACCUCCAUCCUCUCUCUUUCCUCUUUCCCCUUCUUCGAAGACUCAUCCGGAACGGCUGAGUCAUCCGGAACCCCAGACCUGAGUUCCCUGGACCGGGCCCUGCUGCUUCUCCAGACCAGCGCUCAUUCCAUCCAACAAGCACGGAGUUACUACCUGGCAACGUCACACCUCCUGAGGACAGCCAGGAGGACUCCGGCUUUUGCUGAGCAUUGCAUCUUGCCUCCUUCCUUCCAAAGGCUUCAGACCCAAGCUAGGCUGUCCUCAAGUCCUACAUGCCCCUGGCCAGGCACUCCACGGCCCCUCCAGCCCAGCCCAGCCCUGGAGCUCACCUCCAGGACCUGGAGCCUGCCCUCCUGCCCAGAAUGACUCACCACUAUUUCUAGCUCAAGUGAGAAGACGUGAUGGGGAGUCGGGCUGCCUGUUUGUGUAUCUAGGAUUCCCACAGCAUCAGAUCAGCCCUGCGAGGAAGACAGCUGCAGAUUCCUGCCUUGCCAGCCAAGCGGGGCUGUCCCUUCGGCUCCCAGAGAGCCCUCGGGGCUCUCCUGCAGGAGCCCAGGCCGAUGCUGCUGUGUUUCCUGGGGCCAUAAGCAGCACCCUGAGCUCCCUGCCGCCAGGCAGCUAGAAGGCGUAGGGAGAGGCGCUUCUCUCGGUUCCAAUUAUGACCGUGGCCACCGGAGACCCAGCGGACGAGGCGGCCGCCCUCCCUGGGCACCCGCAGGACACCUAUGACCCAGAGGCAGACCACGAGUGCUGCGAGAGGGUGGUUAUCAACAUCUCGGGACUGCGGUUUGAGACCCAGCUAAAGACCUUAGCCCAGUUCCCCGAGACCCUGCUGGGGGACCCAAAGAAGCGGAUGAGAUACUUUGACCCCCUCCGGAACGAGUACUUUUUCGAUCGGAACCGCCCGAGCUUCGAUGCCAUCUUGUACUACUACCAGUCUGGGGGGCGGCUGAGGCGCCCCGUGAAUGUGCCCUUAGAUAUAUUCUCCGAAGAAAUCCGGUUUUAUGAGCUGGGCGAGGAAGCGAUGGAGAUGUUUCGGGAAGAUGAAGGCUACAUCAAAGAGGAAGAGCGUCCUCUGCCGGAGAACGAGUUCCAGAGACAGGUGUGGCUUCUCUUCGAGUACCCAGAGAGCUCAGGGCCGGCCAGGAUUAUAGCUAUCGUGUCUGUCAUGGUCAUCUUGAUCUCCAUCGUCAGCUUCUGCCUGGAGACGCUGCCCAUAUUCCGGGACGAGAACGAAGACAUGCACGGCAGCGGAGUGACCUUCCACACCUACUCCAACAGCACCGUCGGCUACCAGCCGUCUACGUCCUUCACCGACCCUUUCUUCAUUGUGGAGACCCUCUGCAUCAUCUGGUUCUCCUUUGAGUUCUUGGUGAGGUUCUUCGCCUGUCCCAGCAAGGCUGGCUUCUUCACCAACAUCAUGAACAUCAUCGACAUCGUGGCCAUCAUCCCCUACUUCAUCACCCUGGGGACAGAGCUGGCUGAGAAGCCAGAGGAUGCUCAGCAGGGCCAGCAGGCCAUGUCGCUGGCCAUCCUCCGUGUCAUCCGGUUGGUAAGAGUCUUUCGGAUUUUCAAGUUGUCCAGACACUCCAAGGGUCUCCAGAUUCUAGGGCAGACCCUCAAAGCCAGCAUGAGAGAACUGGGCCUCCUGAUAUUCUUCCUCUUCAUCGGGGUCAUCCUCUUCUCUAGUGCUGUCUAUUUCGCAGAGGCCGAUGAGCGCGAGUCCCAGUUCCCCAGCAUCCCGGAUGCCUUCUGGUGGGCAGUCGUCUCCAUGACAACUGUAGGCUAUGGAGACAUGGUUCCAACCACCAUUGGGGGAAAGAUCGUGGGGUCCCUGUGUGCAAUUGCGGGUGUGUUAACCAUUGCCUUACCGGUCCCUGUCAUAGUGUCCAAUUUCAACUACUUCUACCACCGGGAGACAGAGGGAGAGGAGCAGGCCCAGUAUUUGCAAGUGACGAGCUGUCCAAAGAUCCCAUCCUCCCCUGACCUAAAGAAAAGUCGAAGUGCCUCUACCAUUAGUAAGUCCGAUUACAUGGAGAUCCAGGAGGGGGUAAACAACAGUAACGAGGACUUUAGGGAGGAAAACUUGAAAACAGCCAACUGUACUUUGGCUAAUACAAACUAUGUGAAUAUUACCAAAAUGUUAACUGAUGUCUGAUUGAACCCUAUCAACGUGCUCACAGCUCAAAGGAACUAAUGCAGAUAUUGCAUAACAGCCUGCAUUGUAGUCAGUGUGUUUCCACAGUGUGUAUCUGGUUCUGCAUGGAGAGCAAUAGUCGUGCAAGUGACUUUCGAUCUUUUGAUUUUUGAUUUAGAACGCAGAAUAUCUAUCCAUGGCUUUCAUGCAAAUCUUCAUCACCGGCUUAGGGGGUUCCAAAGACGGGAAUCACCUAUGGAGCCAGGAUUUCAGAAGGACACAUUGAGGCCACCUCAUAGCAAACACAGAGCCCACCACAUCAGUGUCACCUUUCCUUCCCAAGGAGAGAGAUGCACACGGCAUCCUGGCGAUGCGCCCCCCCCCAACCCCAUUUGAACCUACCUCCCCCUUCACAGAGGAAAACCACACCGCGGUGGCUCAGCUUUAAAGUUCUGGUAAUGACUCAAAAGGUCAUUCCCAUUUUUGCAUUGAAAAGAACACACAGUGCUGUGUGUUGGAAUUACUUUCUGUGUCACAGGCUGGGGGUUUUGUGAAUUGCAGUUGCCAAGUAGAUGCUCCGGAGGCUUGUGUUUCGUAACGGAAAAUGCUACAUUUGGUUUUUUCUCUGCAGUGUCGAUGUGAGGGAAGCCCGGGGUGGGAGGAGGGAUAGUCAGGAUGGCCAAAUGCAAGUUGUCGAGUUUCACGUUUGCUCCCUUCAGCCUACAGGGAGAAGCCAGCACACCUAGGGACCGCUCAGCUUCAGAUCGCACCAUUUUUGCAGGCUUCAGGGUCACAAAGACAUGUCUUAUAUCUUCGUCACACUGGAGUUUGCAGGCAUCUGCUUUCCAAUGCUGUGGCCCCGCUACACUGACACGGCAGUGAAAUUUACCAGUGAUGCGAUAGAGCUGCAUGGGUGUUUGUUGCAUGAAUCUCAAUAUUUAAAACACGGGAGAUAACCUAUUUUCUUAGUAGCCUACACAGUAUUCAUAUCUAGAGUAUUAAUAGCCUAGGAAUGGCAUUGAACUAGGGUUUCCCCUGCCCCCCAUCAGAAGACAAAAGCCCUCAAUCAGGAGGAAAAAAACAGACUGACUGUUUGGAGCAGGGAACCCAAACUUCUGGUCCUCCAGCCACCCCACCCCCAUCCUUGUUCUUCCAAGUGGGGGCACAGACCUCUGCAAAGCCAGGAGAGGGAGCAGGGAAGGCAGUGUCUAAAGACCUCACGUGACUGACUGUACCUUAGGUGUUAACCUAGUCGUGGGCAUGACGGUACAGCUGACCUGGCAUCUCGUCCUGAGGACAGGUGGAUCUCUGGAUCUAGUGUAUAUAAAUACGUAUCAAGUAUCUCUUUCCCGAGUUCCUCUACCUAGCUAGCUGUAGAAAAAAAUUGCAUUUGAACCUUGUAUAAGCUUAUGCAAUAUUUCUGACACAGGGCAAUAUAUGCAUGUGUUUGACUAUGUGCACCAGAGUGUAGAUAUAGACACACACACAUAUAUAUAUAUAUUUCUAUAUACAUAUAUAUACAUACAUUCGUGUGUAUAUGUAUAUAUGCACACACAUAUUUUCAUUCUCUGGAGUUCAGGUUCAGGAGCAAAUCCACUGCUUGGUGGGUUGGUUGUCUCAGAGGCCUAGUGGGUUCACUUGUCUCAUUGGUAACCCCGCUGGGCCUGGGUUUGCCGCCGUUGCCUCAGACACUCCAGUCUUCGUGGAUUCGUAGAUGUUAGAAUUGUCUCUCUGCCCUCCAUGUGCUGCAGCUUCAGUUCCCCAUGGCUGAAGCUUGUCUUACCGAGUGCACAAGGGCCCCAGGGCCCUCACAGCUCCAGCUGUCCUGGGCCAGACCCACCCCAGGCCUCCUCUCUAUAGCCCAUCACGUUCAUCAUCUCCAUUCUCAUCUUCCCCCACCCCGUUUGGUUUUUAUCUAAGACCCGGAACGUACUUAACCACAUAGAACAUACACAAGAGACCUGCCUGCCCCAUGUACAAAGACACAACCUGCAACUCAGAUGCAAAAUAUACAAAAACAACCUGGCCAUUGGGCUCCGCAGCAGUCCCUUUCACGCCCCUUUGCCUAAAGAGCCAGAAUGGAUGGCCUGCUUUGAAACCAAGGACACGGAGGAGGAGGGCUCCCAGAGACCCCGUCCCUGGGCUUAAAGGGAGCCUCACCUGGGCUGAAAGUUCUGAAGUCCAGGACCAAGGGAUGGAGUCCCUAGUUGAUCCUCAGGCAUCAUUUUGAUUGCCGAGCUCAAACUCUCUCCCCAUUAAACUGGCAACCAGAGCCGCUUAAAGAAACCAAAGGCUGGGUUAAGAAUCCCUACCCCCAGAACAGGUUGAGAGAAAAGGAGCACUGCAUGGCCCAAAGGUCAAGUUCCAGCUGGCGCUGGAAGGAGUGGGGGUGGGGAGGCUUUUGUCUCACAAACUAGACUUCUUUGCCUUUUGACCUAAUAGCUUAAAUUGCCCAAGCUCAGCAAGUUGCGUGGUCGGGCUGCCCAGCCGUGGCUCCAGCUCCAGCCCCAGCCUCAGCCUCACUGCUGGCUCUCUAGCACCUGCAGUUACCUUGGGGGGUGGGGCACCAGCCCAGGGUGCUCACUAGUUCCUGGUCACCCACAUCCCCAGGGGUCUGCAUGGCAUCCCAUGCCCGGCGCAAAGACUCUGGGCUUCUCUUCCUCUCCGUCGCGGGAGGUGGUGCUGCAUUUCCAAGACGUGGGAUGGAGGGACGCAGACCCUGGGAACCUAGAUGGUGAAACAAUCCAUACCUAAGCCCCAGGUCGGGGGUAGAUAUUUUACCCCAGUGUCCUUGACCUGAGACUACGAAAUGAUCACCCACAGAGGCACACAGACAGGCCCACCCCACCAAAGAGAUCUACUCUGUUGCCACACACACAUCCAAAGCAGGCACCACACAUGCAAAAUACACAGAACCAAAUUAAUGAAAAGGGCAUACACAGGAGAUAUACAUUUAGAUCUAUAACCCAAAUAUGCACACUCGGCACAGACAUGGAAUGUAUGUACCAAUAUAGGACACACACAAUACCUGCAUAUAUCAUUACAAAGCACGACCUGCAAUUCAGAUGCAGAAGACCCAAAAAUGACAUGGACACGUGGGUAUACUACAGCAUACCCAAAGAAUAUUUUACUAUUGUUUCUCUACACACAAUACACACAAUCUUGAUUUAUACACACAAUGCAUUUACUCAUAUUAGGUACACACAAUAGAGCACACAUCCCCAAGAACAUAGAUAACACACAUGAGAUGUGCACAGAUACUCAGAUCCAUUGCUCUGCCCCCAUGCCUAUAAAUUAAGGCCUAAACAAAAAAAUCAGAUUUAAUCCCCUUUCCCUAGCCUGCAUUUAUACCCCUCAGUAUCCUCCAAGAAAUCUCUUCCUCUAGUCUCUUCUCUCCCCCUUAUCCCCAGAUUUCAUAAAAAUAACCCCAAAGUUUAAAGCAAAAAGAUGGGCCAGCAUGGUCAAGCGGAGCUCGGAUUAAGCCUAGGAAUCUCAUGAGAUGUCUACCUGGUCACCUUCCUCCCACCAGAAACCCAGGUGCUAGUGUGGAAGGACCCGGAACAACUGAUAAUCCAUUAAUAUAUACCUCCUGGCUGUGUCCUUUCCUUCAAAGCAAGUCCACACAGAUGACCCAAUAGCCUAGGCUCCCCUGUUCUCAGCCCCUGAGGUCUCUGAUUCAGCCCCAUUCUUUUGAAAGCCACGGUGGCUCAAGAGAUCUGCAGGGUCCUGGGCCCAGAACCAGAGUGAAAAUGCCCCCACCCUUCCCUCAGCCCACACAUCUCUUUGCCCUUCCCUCCCAUUGGCUCUGCCGGGGGCUCCCUCAGAAAGUCAAGACCAUAUAAACUUGUCUCUUAAAACGUGUCUCUUAAAACAUGUCUCUUAAAACGAGUCCCCUUUACUUGCUUGUGGCAUCUCUCUUGCUCUUGGGCCUAAGCCCAGUGGGGUCCACUCCUGAGGCUCCUCCCCCUUGCAGGCUCCACCCAGAAGCCCUGCCUCCCAUCCAAUGGCUGCGCCUUGAGGAAACACGCACCAAUCAGCUUAAGUAAAACACGGUGAAGGACUUCAACCUAAUGUUACACGAGCAAACAUUUCUUCGAGGGCCCAAUUUGUACCUUACAUGCUAAGGCCCGACUUAAAUGCUUUGUAAGAUUAUGAGCUGUUUUGUAAGAUGACCCGCUAAACUGAGAACUGGGUGCAUUUUGGCAAAGGCUUCACCUCAGGUGGAAGUUGGGGAGUCGAAGUCAGGCAUCAGAGCAGUCUCUACUCCUGCCACUGUUCAAGAUGUGUCCCACCCUUCUCUCCUAAAGAUGGUCACACCUCCCAGUGCCCCCGGAGGAAGUAACGACAGCAAGGGUCGUUACAAGUCGGUCCAAAUGUGCGCAUUUAGAGCCAUGUGUCGGCCCUUUCCAGUGUUUUCAAGUCAAGAUAUCGAUUUUCCCUUUAGCUUCGGCAGGGGCUUCCAUGGUGCAAACUCUCAAGAAAGCUGGAGACUUUAGAAUCUAAAAAGAAAGAGGUCCAGGAACGGUGGGGGCAGCGUGGUGAGUGGGGUGGCAGAGCUAGUUAGGAGGAAAGCGUACUUGAGCUGGUCAGAUUCAGAGUCAACUUUUCAGAGGCUGAAAUUUAGUUAAGGGCAUAAUCAAGGCUCUGGGCUUCCCGAAGCUUCUAUGGUAUUUGACACACUUGUUCUUCCUCUCUGCUUCCCUCUGCCCCUCUCAUCUUGGUCUCUGAGGAUAGCGUGGGUAUGUCACCAGGAGGUUAGCCUUGAAAGGGUAUUAGUGCCUCCAGCUUCUGUUGCCUGGUAUGGAAAGCUUUGUUGGCUUGAGCCUCCAGCCUGGGUGCUCAGGGGGCAGCCCUGUGUGGGGAGGGCUGCAGGACUAGCCUGUCCUAUCACCUCUCCCCAGAUCUCUCCAUUGGCGUGAGGUCUCUGGCCAGCUUCCUUACUCAUGGGCAGCCAUCAAAUAUCAGUGCCAUGCCAUGUUGGGUGAGGGCAGGCUGGACGUUCAGCGCUGCCCACAGUAGUGAAGGGAGGUGGAGGCUGACUUUUCCCUAAGGAGACUAUAAACACUUUGCAAAUUGCACAUGGGGGUAGCACCAGACCACCCCCCCAACCCCCGCCCCCGGGGCAGGCAGGAGGAUCGCACUGCUUUGAGUUGCUUACACAGGGGUGUGGAUGGUGAGCCGUGCUCCAGUUCUGGCUCCCCAGGGCCCAUUGUCAUAACAGCUCCAUCUGGGUGGUGGCUGCCUGGUCUGCGAGGGCUGGUCCACAGAGGCUGUAAUGUCCAGGGUGCUCCUUGGUUACACAGUGGAGACUCCCCCGGCCUUGGCAAAGUGUCCCUUGCCAGGUUUGAACCCGUGACCUUAACCUCAUUAACAUCAUUAGCCACCUGAGCCCACUGGCAGAGCGUGGGAUGCUGGGAGAGGUCCAGAUGGCUGGAGGUGACCAUCAUGUAGAACCUCAGCCUUGGCCUUGGUGAGAUCAGCCCUGUCCUCUCAUCAAAGCAGCAAGCAGGCUGGGAUGGGACUCUCCAUCAAACAAAUCUAGUUCAAUUUUCCCUUCUUUCUGCUUCCCUUCCCACCAAAGUUCAGCUCCAUCUCUCAUCGUUUAUUUUUUUAAAGAGGAAAAGUGCAAUAAAAUACAUAGUGACUGUUUUCUUUAGCAAUAGCUAUUUCAAAACCUUGUUCUCAGGACUGAAAAGGGAUCGUACCUGGACUCUCAGUUGAUGCCCUUGGCUUCUGGGCAUCGGUUCGCUGUCGCUGUAGUUCCCUCUUCUUCCCACGUGGUCACGUGACUCCUGCCCUCUGAGGCUCAGACCCUCCUGUGGGAUGUAGACACACACAGGCGAGAGGUCUGCAGGAGAAGGUGUUCUUGUCGCUCUGACUCUUCCCCAUGUGCACCCCUCUGUCUCCAUCCGUGCCCCUGUCCCUCCCCGCUCCCACCUACCCCUUGGGCCCACCCUCACAUGGCAUUCUCACACCCUCUCGGCACUGAAAUCUUGAGUGUGACUGACCUCACACCCGCCCAUCUCGUGGACUUUGAGUCGGACCGGCAGGGUGUGACGGAAGCCUGCAGGAAUGCUCUUACCGAUAGAUAAGAAUAAAGCAUCCUGAGCCAUUACAGAAGAUCGUUUCCACGCACUAAAAGCCAUUACUUGAUCCAUUUGUUUCCCUCCCUCCCCGCUCUUCUGGGAGAUGGAUGCUGGGGGAAGGUGGCCUGAAGGUUUGCACCUGGGAUGGUAGCCUGGGCAGAUUUGGGCAUUACCCUCCGGCUGCCCUUCCAAAUAAGCUGCCUUGUUUAACCAAAGGGGCUCCAUGAGAGCGAUGGAGGGAAGCAGGUGCCUGUGGGUUGAGGUCUGGGUGGUUAGGGCAUGACACCGGUGAAACAAAGACCCCCACCACCCACUACGGUGUACAGUUGCACAAAUAUUUGCACACAUAACUGGGGACUUCAGAAGCAUCUCCUUUCCUGGAAAAAAAAAAAUAAGAAAGAAACCUGUGAGGUUAUAUUUUCAACGGGACCAUCAGGGAAGGCUGGCAGCUCCAGGGUCCCCUUGUACUCCGUUUCUGUCUACCUUGCUCUAUACGCAUGUAUACAGCAGAACCUCAGUUAACUGAUGGCGAAAUCCUCAGGGAAGGAAGAAUCCCUGUUGCUUUACAAUUAUGGUUAUUUGGGUGGGGCUGGGAAAACAUGUUUUGGUUCAACCUUUGUUGUUGGGGGGGGGGACUUUCUUAAGUAGGUUAGUAUAAACUUGCCCGCCUUAGUAAGUAGAAUGUUCGAAGACGACAGAGACAGAAGACCUUGCUCUGCUCAGGGUCAACAUUCUCCCCCUCAGUGCUCAUUGCGUAGUCGUGGAGGUGGAGAAAACCAAAGAAACAGGCGAAAGGGAUGCUGGCUGUAGGACGUACGUACCUGGACUUUGGCUACUUGGGCUCAUCAGAUAAUGCCCUCGCUCUCAUUUGCCUCGUUCGACUGAAAAUGUAGGGAGAAACAUAAUUCUCAUUAGUCGAGGUUUUGGUUAAUUAGUCCUGAGUUAUCCGAGGUUUUUCAUAUAUACAUAUAUCUGUGUAUAUACGUGUAUAGUAUAUGUAUAUAUGUAUACCAUUGUUUCAAAAAUUAUACAAUUAUACAGUGCCCGGUCCCCUUAGCUUCACUAAUGUGGAAGGCGUUUGGCAAUCCAAGAAAUAAACUGCAUUUAUUUGAAUUUUUUAAAUGACCUUCCUUUGCAUUCUUAACAUCUCUCCAGUUCGAUUCUUGUUCUCCUGCAUAGGGAACUUUCUAGAAGGUAGUUCUUUCAUAACAAAAGAUCAGGCUCCAGCAUCUUUCCCUUUCCUCCCAGGUGGCUGCCUGACUCAGGGAUAAAAGGGAAGUCUGAUCUAAGGACCAGGUGCUUUAUCCUUUGUUCUGUCUGCCCUGGUUGGCUGUAACCUCGUCCCUGCAGACCAGAAAAGUUAUUCCAAACUUUGUAGCGCUCGGGGAGUGGGAAGCUUGCAGACCUGGCAAAGGACUGAUCUGUUGAGCUCUCUCUUUGUCAUUGAUGGUGCCCUAGGCUUGAAUUUCAUGAGAUCUGAAAGUGUCCUUUUUAAUGAAGAGCAAAAGAAUGGCUCUGCCCCACACAAGAAGGGGAGAUGCGUAGCAACCACUGGAAGUGAGAAGCCCUUCUGUUGUUGAUUCCAAUCAGAUCUAGGUGGCAAGUGUAGGCAGUCGAGCACCUAUAAUUCAGUCGCCUCUUUGGAGAAACAGCAGGGGCUGAGCUGAACCAUGCUCUGGUUCUCCAUCUCACUGGCAGUGUAUGAGACACAUGGCAGGUUGGUCCAGCCUCACCUCCUGCAGGUGACCGUGUGUGCCCUCCCUAGACCAGGGUGAGAGGGACCCCUCACUGGUAUCUGAUGCAGUGGAGGUGGUGCAGGGGUGCCUGCCCUCCCCCAACACACCCGGCAGCCCCUCCAGUCUGGCCAAGUGGGCAGCCAUCAGACCGUAGAAGCCCAUAACCCAGGCUUAGCCUGCCCAGCUGGUGAACUGAGGCAGCCUGUCUGCACAGCCGCUUCUCACACUGUGUGAACCUCAGCAUGGAAACCGAUAUAACGUCCCGUGCUCCCCUGCAUUCCUCAAAUAGUCAGAUAUGUUCCAGAUGAGCUUGCAGCUGAGAACUGCCUGCAUCAUUCCACCGACGGAUGCGCAGAACAGGUGUAAUUAUAUAAUAAUGUGGACAGCAGCCUCCUCCUCUAGGUAAAGGAGGGCAGUGUAAAUACGGCCGUCCGCUAGGACCUUGGGUAGUUACUCAGAGGACUCAGUCCUGUGUCUCUUCUCCGUCUUCCUGAGGCCUGGAAGCCUGGCUUCUCCUAGAAAAUGAUCUCUAGAUGCUGAUGUUGUAUGAGCACAUACACUCUGGACUGCUAAGGAAGCAAGAGAAGGAGCUGGCAGGGAGACGAUAUUCUGGGGCGGGGAGGGGGCUCGCUUUGCUCUCAAUUUCCACGUCAGCUGCUGCUAUGCCUGCCUUUUUAGCUUAUGAAUGCAGGGCAAGGACUGCAACCUGCCAGGUAGCGCUGGGAGGGAGCAAGCAGCUGCAGGCUCAGGAGAGAGAGAGGGGAAAGCACGGACAGCAGCCCAGCUGGCUUUGGCAAGGGUGAGUGUCAGCUCGGGAGGGUCUGACCAUGCUCCGUGCUUGCCCCAGUUCUGCCUUCACGUGGGAUCCAGCGACCCAGUUUCCUUUUGUUGUCGUGCUUGGAUGAUUCCUUCAUUUCAAGGGCCCCAGGAAGCUGGAAAGUCCCAUGAUCGAGCUCCAGCCUGCUGCGCAAACAAUGCCCAGGCCAAAUUGGCCUCGGACUGGGUUUCUGCAUCCCUGCGCCCCUCGCUCCAUGAAGGGUAAUCUUGAAACAGGCAGGAUUAAGGUGCCAGCCAUCAGGGAGGAUUCUCUCGUUUUCAUCAGGGACACAGCUGCAAAGCUCAUGAGUGCAGAAUGCUAUUUCCUCUCCUAGACGUAUGUGCUUCUAUGCUUAUUAUAUAGGCUGUCUCUGGAGAUUUUAUAUAUUACACACAUACCCAUAUAUAUAUAUAGAUAGAUAGAUAGAUAAAAUGUGGAAAUGGCCGCUCACUUAGGCUAACACAGCACAGAUUCUAAUUAGGGUUUGCACUGGCUCCUUGCUGCUCUGGCAUGGCUCCACAGCUGCCCUCCGUGCCCUAGCUCUAAUAAUUUCUGAAAACUCAAAGAGGAGAGGCAGAUAAACAAGCCUCCCUGGGAUCAAUAGAAGAAGGAACUCCAAGGCUGAUGGUAAAGCUUCGUAAGGAUGAUGCCAAAAGGGAACUGGGGUCUCCAUGGUGAUAAGAGGCCGGGGACCAAUGGGAGCUGAAGGCGGAGCAGGACCUGUGGGGAAGACUCAUGGGAGUUGGGAGUCAUUUAACUAUUUGUUUGCUUCAUGAAAAUUUAGACACCAGCUGUAACUGCAUUGCACAGGAUGUAUAGGUAUUAUCAUUCUUGCUGACAUAUUCUGGAAGCUUUCAGCCCCACCAACACUGCCCCGCCCAGGACUUCUGCAGCUGAGAGUUCCUGUGUCAGUAGGGUCUGAUAUUUGUACAUAGGUUAUACAUAUAAGUGUACAUACGUGCCUCAAUGAACAUUGCCUGUCCACCUGAUCAUAGGUGUACAUAGACUUCAUAGAGCUCUGCAGUCUUUUGUAAAUAUCAACACAAGGAAAUAAGUAUAUAAAUAUAUAUUACUGAGGAUUUAUUUUAACAUCAUUCUGUGUGAAAUGAAAAAAUAAAUAAAAUUUUUGACAGACA